AUGCCGUACCGUGAGGGUGUCGUACUCAAGUCUGAGCCGGGCGCGGGCAGCUACGUCGACGUGGGCCUAGACCGCAUGGUCUGGAUCGAACACGAGCUGCCACAGGCGACCCGCCUGACAGUCCACCUGGGUAACCUGGAGCCUGAAACCCGCUUCAUGACCCCCUACUCCGAAACCAUGAUUGUGGGGAAGGUCGUUCCCCCCGCCCGGCCCCGGGAGCAGCUGGGGUUGUAUUGGGGCUACUCGGUGCGGCUAGCGCUGGGGCUGCAGAGGGUGUUUAAGGACGCGGCUGUCACGCGGGGCUCUGGGAAGUACGACCUAACCAUUGGCAGCAGCCCCCUGGGGGCUCACACGGAUCCACUGUCGCUGGUGCUGCCGACAUUCAAACACGCACUGCUGGUGUUCGGUGGCGGGGCUGGUGGGGCCAGCGGCGGGGCUGGUGGGCCUGGCAGUACUAGCAGCAGCAGCAGUAGUACCAGGGCGGUCCCUGAACAAGAUCUGGACCAGCUGGUGCCUCGUGUGCCGGAUUGGGGACACAAGCAGCCGCAGGACGUGUUCAACUUGUACCUGAACACUGCGCCGCACCUGGGGACGCUGCGCCUGCGCACGGAGGAUGCCGUACCUAUUGCGUUGUCGUACCUCAUUACUCCAUUACUCAAAUAUGGGAAGCAGUAG